ACAUGUGCUGCUGACGAGCUGUCACAUUUUUUUCUCCAUCGGUUCCGUUGGCAAUACUGAAACGUCAAGUAUUUCUUUUUGUGCGUGCAUCAAACGAAAACGGUAUCAAGAUGACUAUCCGCCCAGCGUACAGACCAAAAAUCGUUAAGAAGAGAACGAAGAAGUUCAUUCGCCAUCAAUCGGACCGAUAUGCCAAACUUUCGCCAAAAUGGCGUAAGCCUAAGGGUAUUGACAACCGAGUGCGUCGUCGUUUCAAGGGCCAAUACUUGAUGCCAAACAUCGGUUACGGUUCAAACAAGAGUACACGCCACAUGAUGCCCAAUGGAUUCAAAAAAUUCUUAGUGCACAAUGUUCGCGAAUUGGAAGUUUUGUUGAUGCAAAAUCGUGUCUACAGCGCCGAAAUCGCCCAUAACGUUUCAUCAAAGAAGCGAAAAGACAUCGUUGAACGCGCCAAGCAGUUGUCAAUCCGCUUGACAAACCCCAACGGACGUCUUCGUUCACAAGAAAACGAAUAAAAUGGAGCUAUUCCGUUUUAAACUACUUUUUUUUACCAUCAAAAUCAAUAUAUACGAAUAUCGACUACGAUCCGGUAUUUUUAUUUGAUUUAAUUGUCAUCGUCGCGUUUUCAAACCUUUUUUUUGUCAUAGUGACACAUUCAGUGGAUGAAAAUGUGAUUUUGAUUUCAAGUUAAAACAAAAUAUAAUAAACCAGUUAAAACAACGGAAUAUACA